AUGUUAUUCCGCAAGUUCAUAACGGUGGCAGUUUUGCUGUUGUCGAGCUUAGUAACUGCACAAGAAAUAACUGAAAACACUGUCGACAGAGGGACCAUUAAUCUUGGAGUCGGAGACCUUGAUAUCGACCCAGGUGUCUAUUACUCAAUUGUAGAUGUGGCUCUUGUUGCCUUGGUUGGAGGGCUUGAUGUGGGAGCCGGUUCUGGAUUUUACGUCACAGGUACGAGCCCUCUUUUAGGUUCCACUGUCACUCUUACAGCUCCACUUGGAACGUUAGUGAAUAAUGGUAUAGUUGCGUUUAACUCAAUUCGUUCAAGUCUUACAGGUACAGGCUAUAGUCUUGGUGGGGCUUCAUUUACAAACAAUGGGGAAAUGUAUUUCGGAGGAAAUGGUUUAAUUUCUGCAUUACCAAAUGUUAGUCUUACUGCCCCAGAUUUCACCAACAGUGCCGGCGCUUUGUUGGUUUUCUACCAAUCUACAAGAGGCUCUGGUACUGUUGUAUUGGGAGCUGUGACGCCAAUUACAAAUGAUGGUCAGAUCUGUUUCUAUAAUGAAGUUUACCAACAGACCACUUCAAUUCAAGGUGGUGGUUGCAUGACUGCUAAUCAAGAUUCAAGUAUUUAUCUUACAUCUCUCCUCAAUACUGUUGAUCAAGAUCAAACCUUCUACUUGGCAGAUUCGGAAUCCACGCUCCAGACAUCUCCGAUUACUUUGUCGGCAGACACCCCUAUUGUUGUAGGAGGUUUUGGUGGAGGGAAUGCUCUUGGUUUGGAUACUGCUCUUAGACCAAAUCUCUUGGGUGGGCCCUACGAUUAUGACCCAAACACCGGUAUUUUGACAGUUUAUGGAUUAGCUUCGACAGCUCUAAUUCCAAUGCUUCAGCAGUACGAUAUUGGUACUGGCUACGAUCCCAGUAAAUUUGGUACCACAACUAUCAAUAGUCCCGGUGUAUUGCCAGGUGGCGGAGUCACAUAUUCGGAUGAUCCACCAAACCCUCCACCUUCUAACUGUCAGCCAUGCAAAAUGCUUCCAGACGCUCCAGGAAUUGACCCAACCGAGACAACUACUACUACUACUGUUACUAACACUGAUGGUAGCGUUUGCACUGAAAUUGACGAUAUUCUCAUCUCCACGAGUGACGAUGGCAGUUGGUUUACUUCAACAAGCACUAUUAGCAAUAUCUGCCAACAGCCAACUGAAUACACCACAACUUUCACUACCACCAAUGAUGAUGGUUCAGUUUCUACUGAAACCGGUGAUGUGUUGAUCUCUACUGAUUCUGACGGAAGUUGGUACACUACCACUUCUAUUAUCACUGCAGAAGAACCAACUGAGUACACUACCACCUUCACUACCACCAAUGAUGAUGGUUCGGUUUCUACUGAAACCGGUGAUGUGUUGAUCUCUACUGAUUCUGACGGAAGUUGGUACACUACCACUUCUAUUAUCACUGCAGAAGAACCAACUGAGUACACUACCACCUUCACUACCACCAAUGAUGAUGGUUCAGUUUCUACUGAAACUGGUGAUGUUCUCAUUUCUACUGAUUCUGACGGAAGUUGGUACACUACCACUUCUAUUAUCACUGCCGAAGAACCAACUGAGUACACUACCACCUUCACUACCACCAAUGAUGAUGGUUCAGUUUCUACUGAAACCGGUGAUGUGUUGAUCUCUACUGAUUCUGACGGAAGUUGGUUCACUACCACUUCUAUUAUCACUGCAGAAGAACCAACUGAGUACACUACCACCUUCACUACCACCAAUGAUGAUGGUUCAGUUUCUACUGAAACCGGUGAUGUGUUGAUCUCUACUGAUUCUGACGGAAGUUGGUACACUACCACUUCUAUUAUCACUGCAGAAGAACCAACUGAGUACACUACCACCUUCACUACCACCAAUGAUGAUGGUUCAGUUUCUACUGAAACCGGUGAUGUGUUGAUCUCUACUGAUUCUGACGGAAGUUGGUACACUACCACUUCUAUUAUCACUGCCGAAGAACCAACUGAGUACACUACAACUUUCACUACCACCAAUGAUGAUGGUUCAGUUUCUACUGAAACUGGUGAUGUUCUCAUUUCUACUGAUUCUGACGGAAGUUGGUACACUACCACUUCUAUUAUCACUGCAGAAGAACCAACUGAGUACACUACAACUUUCACUACCACCAAUGAUGAUGGUUCAGUUUCUACUGAAACCGGUGAUGUUCUCAUUUCUACUGAUUCUGACGGAAGUUGGUACACUACCACUUCUAUUAUCACUGCAGAAGAACCAACUGAAUACACCACAACUUUCACCACCACCAAUGAUGAUGGUUCAGUUUCUACUGAAACCGGUGAUGUGUUGAUCUCUACUGAUUCUGACGGAAGUUGGUACACUACCACUUCUAUUAUCACUGCCGAAGAACCAACUGAGUACACUACAACUUUCACUACCACCAAUGAUGAUGGUUCAGUUUCUACUGAAACUGGUGAUGUUCUCAUUUCUACUGAUUCUGACGGAAGUUGGUACACUACCACUUCUAUUAUCACUGCAGAAGAACCAACUGAGUACACUACAACUUUCACUACCACCAAUGAUGAUGGUUCAGUUUCUACUGAAACCGGUGAUGUGUUGAUCUCUACUGAUUCUGACGGAAGUUGGUACACUACCACUUCUAUUAUCACUGCCGAAGAACCAACUGAAUACACUACAACUUUCACUACCACCAAUGAUGAUGGUUCAGUUUCUACUGAAACCGGUGAUGUGUUGAUCUCUACUGAUUCUGACGGAAGUUGGUACACUACCACUUCUAUUAUCACUGCAGAAGAACCAACUGAGUACACUACCACCUUCACUACCACCAAUGAUGAUGGUUCGGUUUCUACUGAAACCGGUGAUGUGUUGAUCUCUACUGAUUCUGACGGAAGUUGGUACACUACCACUUCUAUUAUCACUGCAGAAGAACCAACUGAGUACACUACCACCUUCACUACCACCAAUGAUGAUGGUUCAGUUUCUACUGAAACUGGUGAUGUUCUCAUUUCUACUGAUUCUGACGGAAGUUGGUACACUACCACUUCUAUUAUCACUGCCGAAGAACCAACUGAGUACACUACCACCUUCACUACCACCAAUGAUGAUGGUUCAGUUUCUACUGAAACCGGUGAUGUGUUGAUCUCUACUGAUUCUGACGGAAGUUGGUACACUACCACUUCUAUUAUCACUGCCGAAGAACCAACUGAGUACACCACAACUUUCACCACCACCAAUGAUGAUGGUUCAGUUUCUACUGAAACUGGUGAUGUGUUGAUCUCUACUGAUUCUGACGGAAGUUGGUACACUACCACUUCUAUUAUCACUGCCGAAGAACCAACUGAAUACACUACAACUUUCACUACCACCAAUGAUGAUGGUUCAGUUUCUACUGAAACCGGUGAUGUGUUGAUCUCUACUGAUUCUGACGGAAGUUGGUACACUACCACUUCUAUUAUCACUGCAGAAGAACCAACUGAGUACACCACAACUUUCACUACCACCAAUGAUGAUGGUUCAGUUUCUACUGAAACUGGUGAUGUUCUCAUUUCUACUGAUUCAGACGGAAGUUGGUACACUACUACUUCUUUGAUUGGAGAAGAACCAACUGAGUACACAACCACCUUCACCACCACCAAUGAUGAUGGUUCUGUCUCUACUGGAACUGGUGAUGUUCUCAUUUCUACUGAUUCAGACGGAAGUUGGUACACUACUACUUCUUUGAUUGGAGAAGAACCAACUGAGUACACUACCACCUUCACUACCACCAAUGAUGAUGGUUCUGUCUCUACUGGAACUGGUGAUGUUCUCAUUUCUACUGAUUCAGACGGAAGUUGGUACACUACUACUUCUUUGAUUGGAGAAGAACCAACUGAGUACACUACCACCUUCACCACCACCAAUGAUGAUGGUUCUGUCUCUACUGGAACUGGUGAUGUUCUCAUUUCUACUGAUUCAGACGGAAGUUGGUACACUACUACUUCUUUGAUUGGAGAAGAACCAACUGAGUACACUACCACCUUCACUACCACCAAUGAUGAUGGUUCUGUCUCUACUGGAACUGGUGAUGUUCUCAUUUCUACUGAUUCAGACGGAAGUUGGUACACUACUACUUCUUUGAUUGGAGAAGAACCAACUGAGUACACUACCACCUUCACUACCACCAAUGAUGAUGGUUCUGUCUCUACUGGAACUGGUGAUGUUCUCAUUUCUACUGAUUCAGACGGAAGUUGGUACACUACUACUUCUUUGAUUGGAGAAGAACCAACUGAGUACACUACCACCUUCACUACCACCAAUGAUGAUGGUUCUGUCUCUACUGGAACUGGUGAUGUUCUCAUUUCUACUGAUUCAGACGGAAGUUGGUACACUACUACUUCUUUGAUUGGAGAAGAACCAACUGAGUACACAACCACCUUCACCACCACCAAUGAUGAUGGUUCUGUCUCUACUGGAACUGGUGAUGUUCUCAUUUCUACUGAUUCAGACGGAAGUUGGUACACUACUACUUCUUUGAUUGGAGAAGAACCAACUGAGUACACUACCACCUUCACUACCACCAAUGAUGAUGGUUCUGUCUCUACUGGAACUGGUGAUGUUCUCAUUUCUACUGAUUCAGACGGAAGUUGGUACACUACUACUUCUUUGAUUGGAGAAGAACCAACUGAGUACACUACCACCUUCACUACCACCAAUGAUGAUGGUUCUGUCUCUACUGGAACUGGUGAUGUUCUCAUUUCUACUGAUUCAGACGGAAGUUGGUACACUACUACUUCUUUGAUUGGAGAAGAACCAACUGAGUACACUACCACCUUCACCACCACCAAUGAUGAUGGUUCUGUCUCUACUGGAACUGGUGAUGUUCUCAUUUCUACUGAUUCAGACGGCAGCUGGUACACUACUACUUCAUUAAUUUCGAACCCUGUCAUUUGUGUAAGAGAUGGAGAAGGGUGUUCAACACCAACUGAGUACACCACUACUUUCACAACCACCAAUGAUGAUGGCUCUGUUUCGACUGGAACCGGUGAUGUGUUGAUCACGACUGAUUCAAACGGCAGCUGGUACACUACCACUUCUUUGAUUGGAGAAGAACCAACUGAGUACACUACCACCUUCACCACCACCAAUGAUGAUGGUUCUGUCUCUACUGGAACUGGUGAUGUUCUCAUUUCUACUGAUUCAAACGGCAGCUGGUACACUACUACUUCUUUGAUUGGAGAAGAACCAACUGAGUACACCACUACCUUCACAACCACUAACGCCGAUGGCUCUGUUUCGACUGGAACCGGUGAUGUGUUGAUCACGACUGAUUCAAACGGCAGCUGGUACACUACCACUUCUUUGAUUGGAGAAGAACCAACUGAGUACACCACUACCUUCACAACCACUAACGCCGAUGGCUCUGUUUCGACUGGAACCGGUGAUGUGUUGAUCACGACUGAUUCAAACGGCAGCUGGUACACUACCACUUCUUUGAUUGGAGAAGAACCAACUGAGUACACCACUACCUUCACAACCACUAACGCCGAUGGCUCUGUUUCGACUGGAACCGGUGAUGUGUUGAUCACGACUGAUUCAGACGGAAGUUGGUACACUACUACUUCUUUGAUUGGAGAAGAACCAACUGAGUACACAACCACCUUCACCACCACCAAUGAUGAUGGUUCUGUCUCUACUGGAACUGGUGAUGUUCUCAUUUCUACUGAUUCAAACGGCAGCUGGUACACUACUACUUCUUUGAUUGGAGAAGAACCAACUGAGUACACCACUACCUUCACAACCACUAACGCCGAUGGCUCUGUUUCGACUGGAACCGGUGAUGUGUUGAUCACGACUGAUUCAAACGGCAGCUGGUACACUACUACUUCUUUGAUUGGAGAAGAACCAACUGAGUACACCACUACCUUCACAACCACUAACGCCGAUGGCUCUGUUUCGACGGGAACAGGUGAUGUUCUUAUUAGUACGGAUGAUGCUGGCAAUUGGUACACCUCCACAUUUAAUAUUGGUGAAGUUUCUGCAUCUUCAACAGGAAAAGUCAUCUGUUUGAGAGAUGGUUCUAACUGUGUCACUGUAUCAAGUACUAGUACGACUGUUCGCACCGUAUGUCCUGUCUGUUCCGCUCAUACAACUAAGAUCGUUAGUACUAAUUCAGAUGGUUCAGUGGCAACUGUUUCUGGGGAAGUCAUUGUCACUACGGACUCUGAGGGACACGUCUACACUACUUCAAUUUUGAAUACUGUAGCUCCUUUGGUUACGAGUGUGGUUACCACAACAGGACUCCAUGGGGUACCAACGACUUACACUACUGUUGUUCCAGACAAUUCUGCUUCUGGUUCCGGUUCUUCUGGUUCUGGUUCUUCUGGUUCUGGUUCUUCUGGUUCCGGUUCUUCUGGUUCUGGUUCUUCUGGUUCCGGUUCUUCUGAUUCCGGUUCUGGUUCUGGUUCUGGUUCCGGUUCUUCUGGUUCUGGUUCCGGUUCUUCUGGUUCUGGUUCUUCUGGUUCUGGUUCUGGUUCUGGUUCCGGUUCCGGUUCUUCUGGUUCUGGUUCUUCUGGUUCCGGUUCUUCUGAUUCCGGUUCUUCUGGUUCUGGUUCUGGUUCUGGUUCCGGUUCCGGUUCUUCUGGUUCUGGUUCUUCUGGUUCUGGUUCUUCUGGUUCUGGUUCUUCUGGUUCUGGUUCUGGUUCUGGUUCCGGUUCUUCUGGUUCUGGUUCUUCUUCCGCAUCUGACACUGGUUCGAACACUGGUACUGGUACUGGCCCCUCUCCAGCGUCUGGAUCCGGAAGUUCGGAUACCCCUAUACCGUCAGCAGCUCCUGUUGAAGGUGGAGCUGCAUCGAUUGUCUCCAACAAGUCCCUUGUUAUUGCGAUCAUUUCGAUAUUUACCAUCUUUGCAAUUUGAAAAGAUGACUUAUUUAUAAGAGAAUUAUUACAACCUUUUUUGAAGUUCAUCAUUAUCAUCAAUAUUACCCCAUGCAUUAAACCAGGUGAACUGGUUGAAAGGAAAUUUCACUUGAAAUUCACUCGUUGCAAAACACCGAAUUAUAAUUCUAUUUCUCAAUUCGACAUAAUACUUUCAUAGAUAUUCUUAUCGCUGUGCGACUACUUUCUUUUAAUUAACGUGAUGAUCACUGU